AUGAGUCACAUUGGUAGAAUUGAGAAUGCAAACUGGGAGACUGGGAAGGGUAGGGAGGUGCUGCACACUCACCUCCCAUGCUCCCCAGAGUAUGAGAAGUGUCGCAAAUAUCUCAUUCCGAAAGAAGAAUAUUUCCAAAUUAUUGAGGACAUUCGUACAACUAGUGAAAGGAAGAACACUAAGAGUCGCCAUCAAUACUACCUUCUGAGUAAAUAUGAAGUGCUACAGUGUGGUGAUGUUGAGAAACUUAUCAAGAAACGACAAACCCCAGAUGAAACACCGGUGUACUAUGUCUCCAUUGAAGACACUUAUGACAUUGUUAAGAGGGCCCUUGUUGCAACUGGACACGGUGGUCGAGAUAGAAUGACUAAAGAACUCCAAGUGAAAUACGCCAAUAUUCAGCGGGAUACAGUUGAACUAUUCAAAUCGUUGUGUCAGGAAUGCCAGAAAAAGAGAAAGCGACCAAUGACAAAGGGAGUUGUGGUUAAACCUAUUCUGAGUAGUGAAUUUUCAUCACGUGGGCAGGUAGAUCUUAUUGACAUGCAGUCUAUGUCGUGUAGAACUUACAAAUGGAUUAUGGUUUACCAAGACCACUUAACAAAGUUUUGCGUUCUGCGUCCACUCAAAUCAAAGCGUGCAGCUGAAGUAGCAUUCCAACUAGCUGAUAUUUUUCUUCUCUUGGGGGCUCCUGUAGUUCUUCAAUCAGACAAUGGUUCUGAGUUUACUGCUCAGAUCAUUACUGAACUGUGUUCCAUGUGGCCUGAAUUAUCCAUCGUUCAUGGUAAGCCAAGACACCCACAGAGUCAAGGCUCUGUGGAGAGAGCAAAUGGUGACAUAAAGGACAUGCUUGUUGCUUGGAUGGCUGACAAUAACUCAACGGACUGGGCAACGGGCAUAAAAUUUGUUCAAUUCUCCAAGAAUUCUGCCUAUCACGUAGGGAUCAAGAGAAGUCCAUAUGCUGCAAUGUAUGGUGUGAAUGCCAGAGUCGGACUGACAUCAACAUCACUUCCACAAGAAAUCAUCAGUUCCCUGCAGUCUGAACAAGACCUUGUAACCUUGCUUCAAGAAAGAGAAACUGAUACCAACAAUCCUGAAACAGAAAGUACAGACCAAGAACCAGUCGCAGCCGAAAUUAACGAGGAUGAGCAAGAAAUUGAUGUCAACUCCCAACGUAUAGCUGCCAGUGAACCAGAACAAGUACAUGGGCAAGAACAAGAAGAAGAACAUAAACCUGUAUCCCCUCAUCACCCUGAUCUUGAUCAACUGCAACACAGCAUCAACUCCCAACGUAUAGCUGCCAGUGAAUUCCAGAAACAACAAGCGGAGCGUAUGGUGAAGAGAAGUCGAAUAGAGUUAAAAGCAGGUGAGAUAGGAGACAACGUUGCUCUUCCCAUUCCUUUAGUUGAUCGAGGUCGUGGAGACCCAAGGAACAUCUUAGGAGUUAUAGUGAGUAGGAGCAUAAACGAUCAGUACAAAGUAGCUACCAAAAGUGGUGUUCUAAAAGGAAGCUAUUCAAGGAAUCAAUUUGACAUUUGUCCUGAAAGAUUACUGAGAAAGGGCGACAUUAACAGUGAUACAGAAAUUUCUCUCCGAGAGGCCGUUAUCAAAGAAUCUGUCAAUGGAGGACAAGGUUUUUUGUACUUUUGUAAUUUGUGA